ACUGGCAACACGUUCUAUUUAUUAGCCACAUAUUUUUUAAAGAAAAAAGAACGGGCCUUUUCUUUUGAGGCGCAACAUGGCUGGAGAUCAAGCGCAAUUUUACCAGUUAUUAAAUACAUUACUAUCUACAGAUAAUGACAUUCGAUCCCAAGCAGAGGAAGCAUACAACAAUAUCGCAACCGAGACAAAAGUAGUGUAUUUGGUGGGCGCUAUACAAAAUGCGGCGGAUGUCAGUGAAGAUGGCCGUCAAACGGCAGCCGUGUUGCUGCGGCGGCUCUUCAGCGCAGACUUCUUCGACUUCUUCCCCAAGUUGCCGUUUGAACAGCAAAAAUUGCUCAGAGAACAACUCCUUCUCACUAUACAAAUGGAUCUCAGCCAACAGUUACGCCGAAAAAUAUGUGAUGUAGUGUCUGAAUUGGCCAGAAGCCAUCUUGAUGAUGAUGGGGCAAACCAAUGGCCUGAAUUCCUACAGUUUAUGUUCACAUGUGCUAAUGCACAAGACUCUAACAUGAAAGAGGCGGGCAUUAGAAUGUUCACUUCAGUGCCUGGAGUAUUUGGAAAUCUACAAAACCAAAAUUUGGAUGCCAUCAAGAGGAUGCUAUUCACAGCAUUGCAGCCAACUGAGACAGCGGCUCUCAGGGUGCAGGCUGUGAAAGCUGUUGGUGCCUUUAUCUUGUUGCAUGACAAGGAACCUGCAAUUCAAAAACAUUUAAGUGAUUUACUCGAUCCAAUGAUGCAGGUUGUCGUCCAAUCAAUGGAGAAAGCUGAAGAUGAUUCAGCAUUGAAAGUUUUGAUUGAACUGGCAGAGUCUGCGCCGAAGUUUCUACGACCACAACUCGAAAUCAUUUCUCAAGUGGCCAUAAAGAUGGUUGGAGACAAAGAUCAAGAAGAUACAUGGAGGCAGCUUGCCCUCGAAGUGAUGGUAACGCUGUGCGAGACGGCGCCGGCGAUGGUGCGCAAGCAGGUGCCCAUGGCGGUGCGCAUGCUCACGCCGCUCGUGCUGGAGAUGAUGUGCGAGAUCGAGGACGAGCCCGAGUGGGCCACGGAGGAUGAAGUCGCCGAUGACGACAAUGAGAACAACAACGUAGUAGCCGAGUCGGCACUGGAUCGCAUGUGUUGCGGUCUCGGCGGAAAGAUAAUGCUCGGGCUAAUAGUGAGCGCGGUGCCCGUGAUGCUGCAGUCGGAGGACUGGAGACGGCGCCACGCGGCGCUCAUGGCGGUCUCCUCAGCCGGGGAAGGUUGUCACAAGCAAAUGGAACAGAUGCUGGACCAAGUUGUAUCUGCAGUACUUAACUACCUGGCCGAUUCUCAUCCCCGCGUGCGUUACGCUGCUUGUAAUGCUGUGGGGCAGAUGUCAACGGAUUUUGCGCCAGUAUUUGAGAAGAAAUUCCACGACAAAGUGGUUCCUGGACUAUUCCCAGUGCUUGACGACAAUGCUAACCCGCGUGUACAGGCUCAUGCUGCCGCUGCUUUGGUUAACUUCAGUGAAGAUUGCCCAAAAUCUAUUUUAACUCUGUAUUUGGAUCCAUUGAUGAACAAGUUGGAGGCAAUUUUAACUGCUAAGUUUAAAGAGUUGAUUGAACACGGCAGAAAACUCGUGCUUGAACAAAUUGUGACUACAAUUGCUUCUAUUGCUGAUACAGUGGAGAAAGAUUUCGUGCCGUAUUACGACCGUUUCAUGCCGUGCCUUAAAUAUAUUAUCGCUAAUGCGACCACUGCAGAGCUGAAGAUGCUUCGAGGAAAAACCAUUGAAUGUGUUAGUCUUAUUGGUUUGGCUGUAGGUGAAGAAAAAUUCUUAGCGGAUGCUUCUGAUGUAAUGGAUCUCCUUCUGAAGACCCACACUGAAGGCGAGCAGCUGCCUGCUGAUGACCCGCAGACCUCAUACCUUAUAUCAGCUUGGUCACGUAUUUGCAGGAUUAUGGGCAAGAACUUCGCCCAGUACCUGCCCAUGGUAAUGGAACCAGUGAUGCGCACGGCGGCCAUGAAGCCGGAGGUGGCGCUGCUCGACAACGACGACCUCGAGACCAUCGGGGGCAACCUGGACUGGCACUUCAUCUCCCUAGGGGAGCAGCAGAACUUUGGCAUCAAAACUGCAGGGCUUGAAGAUAAAGCGUCCGCGUGCGACAUGCUCGUGUGUUACGCUCGCGAGCUGAAGGAGGCGUUCGCCGAGUACGCCGAGGACGUGGUCAAACUAAUGGUGCCGAUGUUGAAGUUCUACUUCCACGACGGAGUGCGCACGGCCGCCGCCGAGUCCUUGCCCUACUUGCUGAAGUGCGCGCGCAUCAGGGGACAUCAGUAUAUAGAGGGCAUGUGGGCUUACAUUCUGCCAGAACUGCUCAAGGCUAUUGACUCUGAACCAGAGCAAGAAGUACAAGUCGAACUUCUUAACAGCUUGGGCAAGUGCAUAGAACUUUUGGGCACUGGUUGUCUUGGUGAAGACACAAUGGCAGAAGUGCUUCGCAUCCUCAAUAAACUGCUAACCGAACAUUUUGAGCGCGCCACAGAACGUAGACAAAAGCGCGCGGACGAAGAUUAUGACGAGGUGGUAGAAGAGCAACUGGCCGACGAGGACAACGAGGAUGUGUACGGGCUGUCCCGCGUGGCCGACGUGCUGCACGCGCUGCUCGCCGCGUACCGCGAGCGCUUCUUCCCGCACCUGGACGCGCUCCUGCCGCACCUGGUGGGGCUCAUGGCGCCCGGCCGCCCCUACUCCGACCGCCAAUGGGCUAUUUGUAUAUUCGAUGACGUCAUCGAGUUCGGAGGUCCAGCAUGUGUGAAGUACCAAGACAUUUUCCUCGAGCCGAUGCUGAAUGGUCUCUGCUCUGCGGAGGCGGAGGUACGGCAAGCGGCGACGUACGGUUGCGGGGUGCUGGCGCAGUUUGGUGGCCCACAGUUCGCAGACGCGUGCGCUCGGGCAGUACCGCAACUCGCAGCUAUUGUAGCCGAGCCCGACGCCCGCUCUGUUGAAAAAAUUAACGCAACCGAAAACGCUAUAUCUGCGGUCACCAAAAUAAUCAAAUACAAUCACUCUAAAAUUAACAGGGAUGAAAUUAUCAGGCAUUGGUUAACAUGGCUGCCAGUGGUAGAGGACACGGAGGAAGCGCCGCACGUGUACUCGCUGCUGUGCGAGCUGGCCGCCAGCGGGCACCCGGCGCUGGAGGCGCCCGACGCGCCGCAGCGGGUUAUAGCCCUGCUGGCAGAAGCCUUCCUGCGGGACGCCGUGCCAGAUGACAACCCCGUUUAUGCGCAAAUGAUUGCCCUACUCAGGCAAAUUCAGACCAAUGCUGAAUUGUUCAACUCGUGCCUGGUACAGCUGAGCAAUGAGCACAAGGAGGCAUUGCAGAUUGCGCUUUCGCACGUCGCCUAGUACCUCUCCGUUUCACGGUUUCGACACUUAGAUUUGUAAUGGCACGGACAUGGGCUUGCAUAAGUACCUUGACGUAUUAAGGUAGACUAGCUGUGCCCGCGGCUGCGCCCGCUUGGGGAUUUGGUCUGAGUCAAAGCCGGAUAGAGUUUCCCUCUGGUCUGGGUGGAUUUACAAAAAUAAUGUAGCCUUAGAUCACCCUAGGACCUUAAUCUUGCUACGCGAUUAUUUUCAACAAUCAUUGUUUUAAAUGACAAUAAGGUAUAAAUCGAAAACUAAUGUACAAAGCCCCUAUUCGUGCCAGACGUCUAGGUAUGUGCCUAUUACUCAUCACCGCGAUCCUCUACCGCCCACUACUCGUACUUUUUUGUAGAGCACUCCGCCUUAUUAUC